AAGGAGCCGCAUCGCCGCCCGCAGCCCCCGCGGCCGCCGCCGGCUACGCGCUGGGGAAACCGAGGCACGGGGCGGCCGUGAGGGGCUCGGCGGCACCGCGGGGCCGCUGUUCAGGGUCAGUCCCGGUUCCCGGUUGUGCCACCAGAACCUCCCGGGAUCCCGGGCUCCGCGCCGCACGUGCCGCCGCCGCCGGGCCAUGGUCAACGGCAGCAGUGCCCGAGGGCAGCGGAGGCCGAGGGCUGGCUGCAGGCGUGGAGGGAAGCCCAUGGCCCCCGGACCCCCAGACCUUCCCCGUGCUCAGCCCCAGCCCUGUAGCCCCUAACGCCCCGAGGACUCCUCCGGCCGGCCCUGGGGAACCCCAGCAGGUCGCCCCCGCACCGCUAAGCCAUGUGGGAUCACCCGGCGCCAUCCCCGCCAGAGCCAUGAGCGGCUGCCGCUACAAUGGGGGGGUGACACGGCCCCGGGGCCCCCUGAGCGCCUCCACCCGCACCCUGCAGCCACUGGAGGGGGAGACGCAGCCUCUGCGCCCCUGUGCAUCCCCAGGCCUCGAGGUGGUGGUCUCCCAGCCGGAGCAGCCGGUGGGGGCGGAUCCCAGCCCCACAGCAGCCCCUCCAGGGCAGGAUGCGGCCGAGGAGCAAGCAGGGGAACCGCGGAGAAACCAGAAUAUCGGCUACAAGCUGGGCCACCGGCGAGCCCUCUUCGAAAAACGCAAGCGCCUCAGUGAUUAUGCCCUGAUCUUCGGCAUGUUCGGCAUCGUGGUCAUGGUCACCGAGACGGAGCUGUCCUGGGGGGUCUACACCAAGGAGUCGUCAUAUUCGUUUGCACUGAAAUGCCUUAUCAGCCUCUCGACCCUCAUCCUGCUGGGGCUCAUCGUCAUGUACCAUGCCAGGGAGAUCCAGCUGUUCAUGGUGGACAACGGCGCCGACGACUGGCGCAUCGCCAUGACCUACGAGCGCAUCUUCUUCAUUGCAUUGGAACUGAUCGUGUGCGCCAUCCACCCCAUCCCCGGGCAGUACCUGUUCACCUGGACAGCACGCCUGGCCUUCACCUACGCCGCCUCGGUGGCCGACGCUGACGUGGAUAUCAUCCUGUCCAUCCCCAUGUUCCUGCGGCUCUACUUGAUUGGCCGCGUGAUGCUYCUGCACAGCAAACUCUUCACCGACGCCUCAUCCCGCAGCAUUGGCGCCCUCAACAAGAUCAACUUCAACACCCGCUUUGUCAUGAAGACCCUCAUGACCAUCUGCCCCGGCACUGUGCUCCUGGUUUUCAGUAUCUCCUCUUGGAUCAUCGCCGCCUGGACUGUCCGCGUCUGCGAGAGGUACCACGACAAGCAGGAGGUGACCAGCAACUUUUUGGGGGCCAUGUGGCUGAUCUCCAUCACCUUCCUGUCCAUUGGCUACGGGGACAUGGUGCCACACACCUACUGCGGCAAGGGCGUGUGCCUGCUCACCGGCAUCAUGGGUGCUGGCUGCACCGCCCUGGUGGUGGCCGUGGUGGCCCGGAAGUUGGAGCUCACCAAAGCAGAGAAACACGUCCACAACUUCAUGAUGGACACGCAGCUCACAAAGCGGGUGAAAAAUGCUGCUGCCAAUGUACUCAGGGAAACGUGGCUCAUCUACAAACACACCAAGCUGGUGAAGAAGAUCGACCAUGCCAAAGUUCGGAAACACCAGCGUAAGUUCCUCCAAGCCAUCCAUCAGCUGAGGAGUGUGAAGAUGGAGCAGCGGAAGCUCAACGACCAGGCCAACACCUUGGUGGACCUGGCCAAGACCCAGAACAUCAUGUACGACAUGGUGUCAGAGCUGCAGGAGCGCCACGAGGACCUGGAGAAGCGUCUGGGAGCGCUGGAAAGCAAGCUGGAGGCGCUGGGGCUGAGCCUGCUGGCGCUGCCGGGGCUCGUCAGCCAAGCCCUGGGCCAGCAGCAGCGGGAGCUGCUCGGACCGUGGCCCCCUCGCCUCUGCUCUGCCACCGCCCCCUGCACUCCCAGCCGGGGCCCUCGCCGAGGCCCCGACAGUCCCCAGCCCACCUCGGAGAGCAGCUGAGGAGCAGGGGGUGCUGGGGGGUACCCAGGGGUCAUUCUGUCACCCCGCCCCUGCCCCUGAUAGCAGUGCAGGGAGACGAGGGGACACUCCCAGGUCCCUUCCUGUCACCUCCCACUGCCCCUGGUAGCAGGUGAUUGGGGCGGGGGUUACCCUCUGUCGUCUCCCCCCCCACCUCCUUGGACAGUGGGUAAUGGGGUGAGGGGCUUGGAGGGCACCCAGAGGUCCUCUUCUGUCACCACCCCUAUACUUUGGACAGUGGGUGAUGGGAUGGGCCUUCCCCCAGCUCCCCUUUCUCCACCAUUCCCCACCUUGGCCAGAGGGUGAUGGGGUGGGGGGCUGGGGGACACCCUUGGGUCCCCCUCUGUCACCCCCYCCCUACCUCUUUGGACAGUGAAUAAUGGGGUGGGGGGCCUUGGGGGAGCACAGGGCCCCUUGCGUCCCUCCCCCACCCCCUGGAAUAGCGGGUGSGGGGGGGUCUUGGGGGGCCCCGUUAUGUCUGGCCAUCGUGUGGCUGAUUUCAGUAGCUUUGUUCUGUAAAGCCCUGUAUAAACUUCCUGCGUUCACUGUGCUGGCGUGAGGCUGGAGCCCCCCGGGACCCCCCUGCCCCCCCCCCGGUCGGUGGGUGCUGAGCCCCACCCUCCAGGAGGGCUUUUUCUGGGGGGGAGUGGGAUGCACUGGGGGGGCUGGAGUAGACCUGGGUAGGGAGCAAGGGACAGAGGGAACCAGGAGCCCUGAGUGUGGUUAGAGGGAGGGUCUAAUGGGCGUGGACCCCCGCUCUGGGUGUGGGGGUGGCGGUUGGGGACAGGGUGCGGGGGCUUCUGGGUUGUGCGGAGGUGAGGGGGGCACCCCCGUGCUGAGAGCAGGGCUGAGCCCCAGGCUGGGAGGAUUUUGGCGGGGGGUGGGGGGAGGCUCCGUUCCUGUCUGCCCCACAAUUACCUUGGCAAAGUCACGUCACCUCUCUGUGCCUCAGU